AACACAAUUAUGUUGUGAUGGUGAGACGCCAUUUUUCAAGUUAUAGUUGUAAAUCUUGCUAGUUUGUCACUGUUUGUCAAACAUGUUUUUGUUGAUUGAUUUUGCAGCAUGGAAAUACAAUUUUUAUUGCUUUAAAUAAUUCCAAAUGGGUUUGUUUCAUUGCUGUAGUUAUUGUAGAAUAGAUUAAUGUUCUUUAAUGGCGAGUAAAGUCCAAGUUGCCAAAUUCUCUGCGCUUGAUAAUUUCAACGUAGAUCGGUGGAAUAUGGAAGAAGACGACGAUGUGGCCGGUCAGUUAGAAGAUGACAGUUUCAAAAAAAGAGUGGAAGUGCUUGAGCAGCUAAUCAUUACUGUCAAAAGAAAUGGCGGUAGGUUACCGUAUGCCGAUGGCGAAUCCAUUUUUAGAAGCCUGGGGUUGGCUUUGUGUGAUUCUAACUGGGAAAUCCGACUGAAGUGCAUCCAGUUGCUGCAGGAAAUAAUUCCCAAUCUUGGAAACGACACUGACUCGUACAUGUCCUUAGUUUUAAACAGAUUACUUGCAAAUAUUGGGGAUAGCAAAGUAACUGUAAGAGGGAGAGUGGUUCAAGCUUUACAUUCGUACAUGAAACACACCAGCAAUCUUCCAAACAUUUUUGAAGCAUUGGUAAACACUGGCCUUGACAAUGAAAACCCUGCUAUUAGAAGAGAAAUGAUUAACUCACUACCCCUGCUGCUGACUCAAGAAUUUAUCACUCAAGAUUUGACUAAAAUAAUCAACUCCUUAGCUAAAAAACUGUUAGAUACUUCCCCUGAAGAUAACCUUAGAGAUAGUUCACUAUCGACAUUAAAAAAGAUAGAAAAUAUGAUUGGAGAGAAAAACUUUUUAGGGUAUCUCGGUAAACUUUCUGUGCCAUUGCAAAAAUAUUAUCUACAGUUGUCUGGGAAACGUGAAGACAGUGCCAUUUACAGCGAAACGGACAAUGACUUUCAUCAGCGAGGUAACAACAUGUAUCCAGGAGUACUGAGUAUUAGAAAUGAUAGUAGAAAAAGUUAUUCAGACGAAAGUUUAGAAUUUGGCAUUGUGCCUAGUCAUAUACUCAACAGAAUUAAUGAUCAGAAGGACUUCAGAACACGGGCCCAAGCAGUGGAGGAACUUAAGAUAAUUGUUAGCAGUACACAUGAAAUUACCAACAACCUUCUACCGCACAUAGUUUCAUUCAUACAUUUUCUUAGCAACCUUCUGGACGACUCCAAUUUCAAAAUCAUCAACGUUACUCUUGAAAUUAUUCUAAGCCUAGUUGAGAAGCUAGACAAAAAUACCAAAAUUUUCUUAAAGCCUCUGACCGCUGCCCUCUUGAAAAGAAUGGGAGACAAUAAAAUAGUCGUACGACAACUUGUGAUGAGCAUCGUCAUAAAGCUGAUGAGAACUACAUCUCCGCAGUCGGUGAUUGACGUUCUUGAGGAGAACUUGGGCCACAGAAAUUCGCGUGUGAGACAAGAGACGAUCAAUUUCAUUAUUGCAGCUCUUCUGACAUUUCCUAGUUAUGAAUUUGAUUUGGCCGGCAUUUGCCAGGCUGUCGGACCAACUCUAACCGAUGUGAAAAGGGCUGUAAGGCAGGCAGCCUUAGAGUGUUUUGCCACCCUAGCGCAAGGGAUGGGUCACGGUCAACUCCAGCCCUUGGUGCUAGCUGUUGACCAAGUGGAGCUGAGCACAGAUGGGGAAGGUUUAAUGGCAGCUGUUCAAGCGAGGCUAGCCAGAAAACAACUCCCCAAAAUAACGUCAGAUGGUCUUGUAGAAUAUGCCACACAGACCCCAACAUCUGCUACUGUAAGGUCAUCUUCUGCUCAGCAGAGCGCAGACACUGAGUGGAUUAUGGCGGUUUCCAACACUGCUAGAUCUGCCAGAUCUGAUUCCGUGGAUUUAGAAUCUGUGAAUACGUCAGCAAGGUCUACACCUGUUGUGACUGAAGUUUCAAGUCCUUCUUCUGUCCCUAGAAGAUUCUUGAGCGCUGGGAGAGGUCGUAACAAAUUGCCAUGGGAAGAAGACAGAGAUGAAAGGAGUGGUCCAGUCAAUAAUCUGCCUAGCCAGACAUCCAAUCAGGUAACAAGAGCUGUGAAGUCAGCAAGGGUUGUGAGUUUUUCUGUCGAUGAUGCUCCGCCUCAGCCUCGUGAAACAUGGGUUGGAGAACCCCAACAGAGGCCCGCCGUAUCUGAUAGGUCUGUGCCUAAACGAAGGUCGACAGUCAUGGUAUUGACUGCUCCUGAAGACCAAGACAAUGGUUCCUACACUCAGUUGUACCAGCAAAAAGUCAAACGGCAUCAAGUGACGUCAGUACGAAGAGUUGACGAUAUCAAGGAGAACGGCUUCAGUCGACCAGAGCAGAAGACAUCAACAAAUCCAUCAUUUUUAGACCCUAUCACUGUUGAUGGAGAUGAAUCUGACUUUGUUACCAACUCAAACUCUUUUAAAUCAGGUCAAGAUGAAUUUCCAGUGCCUCGUAAAGCUACCAUCGCCAGAGGAUCAGCAACCAGGAGGAAGGUGCCGCCCAUUUCGACAUCGUCUGAGUUUGAUGACAGCGACAGUGCUUAUGCUGCCUCAGAUGAGUCUCGAUCAGGGAUAAAUGGAUCCCUAAAAACUAUUCGCAACAGUGCAUCUAAGAAACGUGCCGACAAGCUAUUUGAAAAAAUAGAAAAACAGAGUAACUUAAAGAACCAGAGUUCUCCCUCAUCUAAUUCAGCUCAUUCGGACGACAGUGGCAGCCCAUCAAAUGAGCCGAAGAAAAGCGUCAAGAAGCCAGAGCCCAAGUCAAACCACGUGAUAAACAACAACAAAGCCAAGCGACCCAAUGAGAACGCAGACAAUGAUGAAAGCCCCAGCCGAGGGACAUUGAAGCACAUAGAAUACAAUCCCAUCAGCGGGGUAACGUUUCGUGAGAAUAAAAACUCGGAUGUCCAAAUAGUAGGCAAAGGUUACGGCGAUGACCCCACUGGGGGAGACGGGAAAGUUGUCCCUCCGAUGGCCACAGCGAAACUCAAAGAGAAAAGAAGACUCAACAAUAGAGGCUCACUGUCAUCUUUCUCAUCUGGUGGACAACCCAUCAUGUAUUUGCCAGGAAGUGUUGUCCAAGACAUAGAUGACCUUGGUGACAAGGGCAUCACUCUUGUGGGCAAGGGUAUGUUUGAUAUCUCCAAUAACUUGGACCAUGCACCUGUUCCGACUCAUGAAGACAGACUGGAGCGAAGACGGAUGGAUGUCAAAACCAUUCCAGCUGGAGUGGUGGGUGUGGCCAUGCACAGCACAGCUGAUUUGUCCAGCUACAGUUCAGAGACCUCUGGUGUGGAUGAAGAUUUUGAUGACGAAACAAACUUGAGCCUGACUCAGUCUUUGAAAGAAAAAGUUGCUAUGAAACAUCAACAGAGGCUAGAAGAGGACGAGAGGAGAAGAAUCGAGAAGGAGAGGAGAGAAAAAGAGAAAGAAGAGAGAAAAGAAAGAGAGAAAGAAGAGAAACUUCGAAAAGAAAGAGAGCGCCAGCAAGAAAAACUCAAACGCCUGUCAAGUGCUGAGAGUAUCCACAGUCUGAUUGAAUCGUUGUCAAUAUCUGGCUCAGCAUCUGGUUCAGGAACCAGUUUAAACAGGCCGACAUCACCAACCAAUAUAAUUGUGAACAACAGUCCAAGCCCCUUGGCCAAGCCCUUAGCAGCAUAUCCACCUAAGCCCCAAGCCCCAGCUGUGACUACACGAAAGACAUUAAAAACGAGCAACGAACCAGUGUCCACCUACCCAAUGCCAGUCAUGUCCAACUUCACCCCGCUGGAUGGGGAAAGCCCAGAGGACUGGAAGCCUUUCAAAGACAGUGAAGGGGCACUGAGGGAUCUCAUGAAAAAACUGGAACAAGAAGAUUGGGAAACCAAAUGUGAAGGCAUCACUAUGUUGAGGAGAAUGUGUGUAUAUCAUCCUGAUACAGUAUUAGCAUCAUUACAUUCAAUUACAUUGGCUAUUGUCUCUGAGGUCAAAAACUUGAGGUCUCAGGUUUCAAGGUUAGCCAUUGUUUGUGUUGGAGAAAUGUUUCAAUCACUGAAGAAAGGGAUGGACACUGAGGCUGAGAUUACUGCCAAAACCUUGCUGGCCAAGGGGGGAGAGAGUAAUCAGUUCAUCAGAGAGGAUGUGGACAAAGCUUUGUGCAGUCUGGUGGACAACUUGAGCCCGCAGAGAGCAAUGCUGGCCUUAAUACUUGGUGGUGCCUCACACAAGAAUGUUCAGAUUCGUAAAACUACGGCGCAGUUUGUAGUUGAACUUGUGGAGAAAAUGGGUGCUGGUAAAAUACUGAGUGGGGUCAAGGACAUAACUGAUAGGGUGUUGCCAACUGUUGCCAAUUUUGCUAUGGAUAGUUCACAGGAGACGAGAUAUUAUGGACGUAAAAUACUGCACAUGUUAAUGUCUCACCCAGAGUUUGAGAAAAUGUUGAGCAAACAUUUACCAGGCAACUUGUUGAGAAAUGUUCAAGAUGUUGUGGACAAUUUGAAACAAAAGGGUUUGGGUGAAAGGCCAAGUGAGCUCUCAUCAGCAAGGUCAAGGAAGUCUGGUCAUGGUAGUCGAUCAAAUUCUUCUGUGCGUGGAGGGUCAGCUAAUAGUCCUGCAGAGGGUGCAGCUCCCGUUCAAACUCAGCGUCGCCCUCUUGUUCGAACGGAUGAAGCUCGCAUGGAAGAAGUGAAAAAUAUGACAGAUUUGUUGGCGGCCAAUAACUGGCAACAGAGAUACGAAGGCAUUUCCAAAUUCCAAGCCAUGUGUGAAACUUAUCCUCAAGUAGUGUCUUCUCAAAUUAUUAAGAUAUUUGACAAGUUUUUGCCCAGACUGACCGAUUCUAAUUCCAAAGUCAAUCUGUCUGCCUUGAAAGUGAUGCUGGAUGUUGUCCCUUUGAUCAAAGACUCGAUGGGGAGUGUCAUCUCUCUCACUGUCAGCGCCGUGGCUCCGAACCUUAGCUCUAAGAAUAAAGAGAUUUACUCCACAGCGGCUGAAAUAAUGGAUGCACUGAUAGACAAUUUGGAUCUGACCAUGUUAGUUCAACCAUUUGCCAACCAAGCCAUCAAUGCAACAUCCAAGAGUAAGGCUGAUAUGGUAGACAAGGUCUCAUAUUUAGUUGAAAAAGUUUACCCCCGCAAGCAGCAGCCCAUUGUGCUUCACGUGCUGCCGCUAGUUUGGCACUUGCUCGGCUCUAUGAAUGCCAGCGGGGCAGCGGUGCAUGGGGGCAAUGUGGAGCUCCGCCAGGCCACUGCAACACUAGUCAACAAGCUGUACGAGUGCAUGGGUCAAGCCUUACUAGACAAAGCCAGUGCAGAGCCCAGUAACACACAAAGGCAAAUGCAGAUGUUACAAAGCUUGAUAGACAGCUAACAGCACGGUCACUGAAUUCUUAUUAACUGGACAUUUGAGAGGGUUAAGGUUUUCAAUACUCAUAGACCUGGCUCACAUACAUAUAUAUAUAUAUAUAUAUAGUUCAUUCAGUAUUCUGUGCCGCCUACACAGGCAAGAGUAAAUUUCAUUGUUUAUCUCAUUGGUAUAAAUGAAAACAAAUACAAGGAAAUGUUUUGACACAAUAUUUUUUUUAAAAUAGACAUCUCAUUGCCACUUAUUAAUGUACAAAUAGUUUCAGUAUUACUGUGUGUCUUUUGGACACAUGAGCUAGGCACUUUGAAAUGUCAGAACACUGUGUUACAGGGUAGACAAGGAAAAGACAUUGACUUGGUGUUGUAUCCCUACACAACUAGGAACAUCAAAUUAAACCAUUGUUUGGUUUUUGUAAGGAAUAACUUUUGUAAAAAGUAAGUUUAAUAAAAUAAAAUGUUAUGAACAGGACAGAUCAAACUUCUAGUGUAGUUUUUUGUUUUAAAAUACUUUUUUUUGUUUUUGAAGCAUUUGUAAUUAAAUUUAAUUUUUUUUUUAAAGUGUGAAGUCCAGUUUCACUUUGUUUUCAAAGAAAAUUUAAGUAAUAAAAAUGUUUAAUUACUAUCAAUCAUUCUAGAAGAAAAAACAAAACAAUUAUACUCUGUAUUUUUGUUUCUGUUAAUGCUAUAUCUCUUAUUAUACCAGUCCAGCCCCUGCCUGUGAUAUCACUAUAGCCAGUCAUGAAAUCUGUGAUUUGAUUUUUAACCAGUGUACCACAUUCACAACAUUUGUAUUUUAUAACUUUAUAUUCAAAGCCUUUCUAUGAACUGGAACAGGUGGACAGUUUUGUACAUAAAGAUAGAUUUUUUUCAUUUCGCUAUUUAUAAACUUAAACAUUUGUAUUUUAUAACUUUAUAUUCAAAGCCUUUCUAUGAACUGGAACAGGUGAACAGUUUUGUACAUAAAGAUAGAUUUUUUUUCAUUUCGCUAUUUAUAAACUUAAACAUUUUCGACUUGAACCAAAGUUGUUUGCCCUUGAAAUUGUAUGUAUGUAUUUAUAGAGCCCACUGUAUUAAUUUAUUGAACAGAUAUCAUUGUGAUGAGCACCUGUUUAGUGACUGCUCCUGUAUACUUAAUUAGCUCAUGCAAAGGAUGACCCACAAAACAAAAUCUAGUUAUCCCCUGGCCAGGUAACGGAACUUAAGUCAAUGUCAUGACUUUACCUGAUGUGACCGUCCACUCAUUCAGCAUAGAGUUGCAAGGAUGGCUGCCUGGUCGUGUGGUUUGCACGCUAGACUCUCGUUCAGAUUCAUCGAUGGUCCCGGGUUCAAACCCUGCCCGCUCCCAUCCCCCGUCGUCCUGCGUGAGGCUUGGACUAGGAAGUAAUUAUCUUCAACUCUGAAGGAACAUCCGAAAAUUAUAAAACAUCCUACCCGGCCAAGCAGUGAGUUAAAGCAUCUUUUGCAACGAAAUCAAUUUUGUCCUUUCUUUUGAUGCAUUGUUGACUUAAGUUGUUUUAAAUCACUCAUCGCUACUCUAAUGUUUUGGUCCAGUUGUAUUUCAUAGACUGUAUUACUGUGCGUUCUCCAUUGGUAGACACUACAAAGGUGGAUUUCAUUUUAUCAUUAUAUUUAACUUUCAUGUACUAUAAUCAUUUAGAGAACUUUGUUUAUUUUAUCAUCAUAUUUAUUUUCAUGUUUUUCUUUUGUAAAUGAUUCUAAGUACAGUCAAAUUUCCAUAUCAUUCAAAUUUCAUGGGAACAACUUAAUAAGUUCAGUUUUUCUGAUGUUCUGUGGAAUAAGAAAACUUGUGACUGUACAUAUGAAUCAAAUAUUUAUAAGUGAGCUUAUUUAGAAACUGUAUCAAUUGAGCUCCAUGUCAUAAUGAAGUGAGACAAAAUAUCUGACGAACUAUUUUUUACCUUUGAAUUUAUGUUGACAUUUAUGUUGCUUUCAGUUGACUUAGGACUUAUUUCAUUGUCCGUAGAGAGAAAAUUUUGUAUUUGUGCCUUUGAUUUAUCUUUAUCUCAUUGAAGAUUUCAUUCUAGCAUGUCUAUUAUUGAUAUGCCUUCCCAAAGUUAGGUUAUAAUAUUUAGCUACUACCUUGUUUCUUGUGCCAAUUUUUUUUACUCAGACAUCAUUCAGACGACAUCCAUCUUUUUGUUGUGCACUUAUGUAGCCACGGAAACUAAUGUACAAUUAGGUCAACUAAAUAGCUUGAGAAUGUAACAAUUAUGGAACCCAGGAACUAUUUCUACAGUGACUUUGUGUAUUUCAUUUUGUACUGGUUUGAUGAUUAGUUUGAGAGCUAACUACAUGUUAGUUAAACAUUCAUUAGUAACAAUGAAAGAUGAAAUUCUGGAUUUUAUGUCAGAAAGUAACAUGCUGUCAGCUACUAGGCAGUGUAUCCCAUCCUGCCUUUGUGCAGAGGACAGAAUAUUUGUUACUUAUUUUCUCCAGGUAUGCAGAGACAUAGAAAUAUGUUCAUUACAAUUACGGCCAGAUGUGAAAUGCCUAGGUUGGAACAUUUUUUUGUAAAAAAAAAAAAAAAAAAAAAAAAAAAAAAAAAGCAAAA